CAUCGAGUCUCUUGAGUCCAAAAGCCCAGCCCACUAACAACCCAGCAACAUUACCCAACGACCAUGAAGAAUCUCAACCGUCACAAGCUUUUGAAACCAUGUUUCACUUUCACUCUUUGCAACAGACAGUUAUUCUCGUUGUUUCAACCCCACAACAACAACUCUUUCUGAAGUUAUCUAUCCACCCACUGCAUUUCAGAACAACAAUCGACUGUUGACAAUGGUCAGUUUCGUUAGAAUAUGUUUUAUUGAUAGGGGCGUAGAUUCCUCAACCAUACGAACCUUAACAGCAGCUGUUACAAUAUUUAGACGUUAUCAUUUCAACAAGAGCCAAACUCCCAAAAUUCCUGACCCAUUUGCUUCGGUUCAGAGCACUGGCCGAAACAUUGUGGCGGUUUUCUGGGACUUGGACAACAAACCUCCAAGAUCAGUAUCUCCAUUUGAUGCUGCUAUUAGACUGAAAAAGGCUGCUGAAUCAUUCGGGGCUGUUCGGUACAAGAUAGCUUAUGCUAAUCAACAUUCCUUUGAUUAUGUUCCUACUGAGAUUAAGGAACACAGGCGAGAUAGGAGAAAAUUAAACCAGCUGGAAAAUAAGGGUGUUGUAAAACCGGUAGAACCCUAUAUAUGUCGUGUUUGUGGGAGGAAGUUCUAUACGAAUGAAAAGCUUAUUAACCAUUUUAAGCAAAUCCACGAGCGUGAGCACCAGAAGCGAGUGAGCCAGAUUGAAUCCGCUAAAGGUAGUCAAAGGGUAAAAUUAGUGGGAAAAUACUCUAUGAAAAUGGAAAAGUAUAAAAACGCUGCUAGAGAUAUUUUAACUCCAAAAGUCGGGUAUGGAUUGGGAGAUGAGUUAAAACGGGCAGGGUAUUGUGUUAGUGUCGUUUCGAAUAAACCGCAAGCUGCAGAUGUUGCAUUGAGAAACCACAUGGUGGAUAUGAUGGAUAGACGGCAGAUGGAGUGUUUGAUACUUGUGUCGGAUGAUUCUGAUUUUGUGGAGGUUUUAAAGGAGGCGAGAUUGAGAUGCUUGAAAACAGUGGUUGUGGGUGAUAUCAACAAUGGGGCUCUUAAGAGGGUUUCGGAUGCUGCCUUUUCAUGGGAAGAGAUAAUUAUGGGAAAGGCUAAAAAGGAAGCGGUAUCUGUUGUGGGGCGGUGGAAAGAUAGAGAUAUUUUGAAAAGGUUGGAGUGGACAUAUAAUCAUGAACGGGAGAGGAAGUUAUACGGUUCAUGUUCUGAGGAUGAUGAUCAAAAUGAUGAUAUGAAUGCCAGUAACUUAGUUUCUGAUGAAGUUAAAACGGAUCAAAGUCGUGCGUGGUGGAAACUUGAGUCUGAUUCGGACUCUGCUGUGUCUUCCUAAUUGGUGGAAACUUUUUUCUUUUGUGAAGUUAUUAGCUUUAUAAUCGGUGAUCAAUAUGUGACCGAUAUAACCACGAGAAGCUAAAUAGAUACUGAAUGUUUUCAACAAUGAUUUCAUAGACUUAAAAUCAUAGCCUAGAGGGAUUUUAUUAGUACCACCAAGACAUUAUGCGUAAAAAGAAAUCAACUUGUGAAAAAUUCCAUGCUGACAUGUCAACUCUUGUGUCAUAUCGCGGGUUUGUGUUGAUGUUUUGGAUGUAGCUAUAGCUGGUUCACUUCUUAUCUGUGGAUCAUUGGUUUAGAUUCCGAACUGUUCAUAUUGUGCACUUGUGCAGUAUACGAUCUUUUUUGUUGAUCCAUAUAUUUUAGUUUCUAGUUCACUUGUAAUCUAUUGAAAUUUUGUUUUUUGUUC